AUUUCUAGAAAGUCGACCGACGUUGCACGCCGUCAAUAAUCAAUGUGUUUGUCUCUGGGUCUCAUGAGCUACUUUCCGUGGCAACGGAAAAUAUCUGGCCAUGCAACAAUAUUAGAUUAUAUUGGUUAGCCUAGCUGAGAAUUUAGCCUAACCCUUUUCGUCAUGACCGAGCGGCAUUACGUCGGGCGAGCCGCAUCAAACGGUCAGAUUCGUAUUGGAUUUUAUUAAGCAGAAUAGGAAUAUUAUUUGCUCGAUUAAAAAAAUACAAAUAAUAACGCGAGAGUUUGCAAGUUGGCUCCAGACUGUAGUUACAACUGUCAAAGGGAGAGUGGAUACGCGCAUGACCAGGCACACAUUACUGUAUUACUGUACUCGGCCGCGAAGAUAAUAUCCGUAUAAAAAAUAGCCAUAAUCCAGAGGUAAGGAAUCGAAGACUGCAUCGAAAUCGAACGCGACUGAGCCUUUCUGACCAAUUUCCACCGCUUCUUUUUCUUUUACUCUAACCAACUCUCGCAGCUGUCGAAAAUUACUGCACUAAACAUAUUUUUGUGGCUCCCUUUAGCUCCAGCGCAAGGAUUUUUUUUACUCCUCCUUCGUAUUAAAGUCGCCAUUUUGCUUCACUGCCUAUAAAAGCUUCUUCUAUUUUAUUAUUUUCUUUAAGGAGUCGACGUCGUUUCUAUCCUCUGUCUCCUGCUUUUUGACAUUUCUGGAGUUCGUUUUUAACGACAGGGUUGAGGUUAAAGCGGUACCUCGUGGUUUACAUAUUAAUGAAGGAAAGAGACGAGCGAGUCUGGCAACAAGGUGAAAGUGUUCAGGUUAUUUAAUUUGCAUUUCCUUUCCCCCUUUGCUGGUUUUCUUCAUUUUCUUCGUCGUCCCCUCCUCACUGUUCCUCCGCGGAUACACAGCGGGGGCUAGGAGCGUGGCUACCGACCGUGACGGCUGUCUGUCCGCAACGAACCCGGCUCACGGGACGGCGGCAGGUGUGAUUGCCAUGUAACAUCAAAAGGCACCGAGCGAAGAGUAGGCUACAGCCUGACCCCACGUGGGUGACCCGGGUCACCCGGCCACUCGUGUUGGGUGGCUCCAGCUUUCCAGGCAUGGAGACGUCCAGUGGAGCCCGACUAGGGAAGCCCCCGUCAGGGGUGGCCAAGGGCCGGCCUCCCAAGCAGACGCAUCCCCCUGAGACGGCCCGCACGGGCAGCUCUGAAAACGACAAUCAUGGUCCAUCCUGUUACGAGAGGGCAGAGGGCAAGAGGAAAGGGCGCCCUCGUGUGGAGGUGCAAGAACUGCGCAGCAUCCCUGCCCACAUGAUGGUGCAGUGGAAGGAGGAGUUUAAGAGUCGUUCGCGGGUCAAGUGUCCGAGCUCGGGCUGCUGGCUGGAGUUUCCCAGCAUCUACGGCCUCAAGUACCACUACCAGCGCUGCCAAGGGGCGACCGUGGCCGAGAGACUGAGGCACGCAUGCCCUUACUGUGAGGCUGUGUUCGCUACCAAGGUGCGUCUGCAGAAGCACAAGCUGUGGAACCACCCGGAGAGGGUCACCAUGGAAACCAAGACUGAAUCCAAAGGGCAGGUGCAGAAGGGGUCGGCGAAAGGGAACGCCAAGAAAAGGCCCAUGGAGAGUGGCCCUCCGUCCCCCAUGUUCAUCAAGGUGAAGAAGACUCAGGAGCCAUCACAGCCGUCCCAGAACGGAGAGUGUACCGCCACCGCCACCUCCACCGCCUCCACCACCUCGCAGAGGCCCGACAGGAAACAGCAGCAACAGCAUCCGCAGCCACAUCAUCAGCAGCAGCAGCAGCAGCACACACACAGUCACACACACAUGCCGCCGCAGCAGCAGGAGCAAGAGCAGGCGUCUUCGUCAGACACCUCACCGAGGACCCCUGGGGGUAGCGAGAGUGACGGGGGCAGUUUGCCCCCGUCCUGUCCGGAGGAGGACCCCGAGAGGACCAGGCACAGAAGGAAGCAGAAAACUCCAAAGAAGUUCACUGGAGAGCAGCCCUCCAUCUCUGGUACAUUUGGACUCAAAGGGAUGAAUAAAGUGGAGGAGAAGCUGAAAGCUGGGCGGGCAAAGAGGCCAGAGGGAGGCCUGUUCAACGAGGAGCCCCCAAGGAAGCUCCAAGCCCCAGCCUCAUCCAGGAGAGAGACCCCUCAACCUCCAGCCUCAGGCCCCCCAGCAGAUGCACAGUGGCACAGUGCCAUCUCUGAGCGGGGAGAGGUGGUGUGCCCCACCUGCUCUGUGGUCACCAGGAAGACCGUGUCUGGCCUGAAGAAGCACAUGGAGAUCUGUCAGAAGCUCCAGGAUGCCCUGAAGUGUCAGCAGUGCCAGAAGCAGUUCAGGUCUAAAGCCGGACUCAAUUACCACACCAUGGCUGAGCACAGCAACAAGACCACUGGGAACGAGAGGCGCAGCGGCAGCGGUGGUGGUGGUGGUGGUGGCAGCGGGCAGGAGGAGAGGGAGAGGCUGCGCCGCAUCCUUAAGCAGAUGGGCAAGAUCAAGUGCCCCAGCGAGGGCUGUUCGGCCCACUUCACCAGCCUUAUGGGCUAUCAGUACCACCAGAAGCGCUGCGGGAGGGACGUGUCCGAGGCUGACAAGCCCGCCUUCCAGUGCCAGCACUGCGGGAAGACCUACCGCUCCAAGGCCGGCCGGGACUACCACCUCCGCUCCGAGCACCCGGUCACACAGCCUAGAGGGGUAAGGGCAGGAACCAUGUUAAAGGUGGCCACAGAGGAGCCCAGGCCGGCCGGGAGGAAGGAGCAGCUCCCCACUGAGAAGACGAAGGAGGAGGCGCACAGGAGGCAGCAGCAGCAGCAGCAGCAGCAGCAGUCGGCCCGGGUGAAGGAGCGGCCGGAGGAGCGGGGUGGGGAGCAGGAGGACCCGGCGCCACCGUUGUCAACGGCAACCGCGAUGACAACAACGACGACGGGAGCCCCAGCGGCCGCUGCAGCAGCAUCAAUGGUGGGGUCAGUGGGAGCCAUGAUGGCCACGGCGGCGGCAGCGUCUAUGGCGGACUCGGUGGAGGACUUCGAGCGGACGCCCAGUGGGAGGGUGCGGCGGCGAUCGGCACAGGUGGCCGUCUUCCACCUGCAAGAGAUCGCCGAGGACGAGCUGGCCAAAGACUGGGGCACCAAGAGGCGCAUCAAAGACGACCUGGUGCCAGAUAGCAAGAGGCUCAACUACACCCGUCCGGGCCUUCCCACGUUCGAUCCGGAGAUGCUGGAGACGUGGAAGAAUCAGGUCAAGGAGAAGGGCUUCAUCUGCUGUCCUAAUGGAAGCUGCGAAGCUGUUUACUCGAGUGUGUCUGGACUCAAAGCCCAUUUGGCAAACUGCACCCAGGCAGGGGGAGCCGUGGGGAAGUACAUGUGCCUGCUGUGCCAGAAGGAGUUCAGCUCGGAGAGUGGCGUGAAGUAUCACAUCAGCAAGACACACUCCCAGAACUGGUUCCGUGCCACUACCAACAUACCGCCCAACAACAAGAAACCGCCACUUCCUCAAAGCAACGGCAUCAAGAACGAGGUGAAGAACGGGGCGACCGGCAAGAAGAGGGGUCGCAAGCCCAAAGAGCGCCCCCCAGAGGCCACUCUGUCAAAGACUCCGAGCUCUAACCCACCAAUGUCCGUUCCCGUCCAGACCCAAACUCAGAACCAAACCUCAGGCUUGGCUCAAACUACAGCCCCUGCUCUGUCCCCAACCAACACCACCACCACCACUCCUACGCACGUGCCCAAACCUGCCCCCACACCUACCCCUGUUGAUCGGGGUAGCUUGGGGCAGAACAGAGACACACAGCCCCUGAUGAAGAAGAGGGGUAAGCCCAAGAAGGUGCCAUCUGUUGAAUAACAUAGAUAACAUCACGUCAGGAUAGCUGGUCAGGAGGCUUGCGAAAAAAGACAAACGUCAGACAUCGCGGCACAACACAGCCUUCUCAUCCUCAGAGGCUGAUGGCUAAGAUAGCGCUCCAAGAAUACCCUACCAUGGAAUGGAAUUCUUUUAAAAAAAAAAAAAAAUGGUUAUUUGAUUUCACAGUUUUUUGGUUAGAUUUUUUGUUUUGUUUUUUACCUUAUAUAUGCGUACUUAUAUACAGUAUAUGUGUUUGCUGGUAUAUACUGAUAUAUAAUAAUCUUUUUUUUCUCAUUCCAUUUUUUGACCUCAUGUUAAUGAUGAAGAUGUUACUGUAAAACAGGGGUAAUUGUAAUCAAAAUUGAGAUCCCAGUUUAUAUAUAUAUAUAUAUAAAUAUAUAUAAAUAGCGUUUUCUAGAACAAGCAUAAUUCAAAUUUUUGUGUAGCGACGUCCACAUGUCUGUAGUUUCAUGUUGUGUUCAAGAGAUUUUCAAAAAGGAUAUACAAAGUUAUUCAAUUAGCAUGGCGAGCUAAUUUACUGCUAGUGUUUUAUCACGGAUAUAUUGUACUGUGUAUAUAUACAAUAUCUAUAUCUAUAUAUAAUCAAAGCAAUGAAUUUGUCCACAGUUUUUAAACUGAGGUAGGUCAAAGGGGUCGUUUUUGUUUUCGUUUGUUUGUGUUCUUUUGUUUUUCAACUGUCAUAUCUUGUUUGCUUUCUCUUCGAUGUGAGUUUUGGUCCAGUUUCGGCAGCUGUGUGUCUCAGAUAGGAUGGUCCCAGACUGCUGCAGUGCAAUAGUGUGUUGCUCUCGUGGUUUUUGUUUUGGUCUCUUCUCCGUCUGAACUGUAAGAGAAGUGGAACUUUCUAGCCAUAUACUGUACACCGCUAAAAAGGACUCCCUCUCUGCUUCCUUCUCUGGCUGUAGUCAUAGUGGUUCUAGUUUUUUGGCAGUUGGACUGGGUUCUCAAACCCAUUGUUAACAUUUCCCCCGUUUAGAAUAUACACACAUAACUGAUGUUUGUUCCUUUGCCGUGUGGCUUGAGAAAACUCUGUUAAAAGCUAUUGAGGUAUAAGCUAGUUUUGUCCUAUUCGUUUUUCUUUUGUUUUGUUUGUUUUUUGAAAGCUGUAUUGGAGCACACUGAGUAGACUUUCAAGGCAUUGGAUUGGCCACAGACCACAAUGAUGUCAUUAUAGCUAACCUAAGCUGGAAGGAACGUACGGAACCAUUUUUUCCCCUGAGGCUACAUUUGGGGGGGAAACUCCCCAAGAAGCUAAAAAUCUUAGAUUAUUAUCAUGACUGUAAGAAUGAAGAUAUACUGAACUAUAAGAGUAGUUGGAAAAAGAAUAUUCCUCUUCCUGCAGUUGUACAAGAACGAUAAGCAAUGCACACAGACUGCACAUGAUACUAUUUGUGACUGUAUGCAAUAUAGAGAGAGAUGGACUUACAUUAGGACAGAGCUGCUCAGUGAGACAUCGUAGCACAAACACAGAGGUCACCUUAGUACGGACCUGGAAAUGUCAGAGCCUGACCACUAUUUCUGUUAGGAGGAUGGCUCUGUCUCUUUUCUUGCUUGGUCAUUGGAUGAUGGGCAGCACGAACAGUUGCUUUGUUGGAAAUUUGAUAACAGGUGACAGGGCCUAGCCGUCCCAAACCGAGGGGGAUUUGGACACAUUUGGGCCCGAGGGAAAAAAAAACAUAAAACAAAGAAGAAAUGUUCCUCUUGCACUUUAACCCUCCCUCCCUAUUUUAUCUUGCACUUUUGAGGCACUGUUAAUCUUUCACCACCCCAACCUUAAUCCUGGGCUGGGCAGUUAACCCCACCUCCCCUUCCCAAUCCCUCUCCCAAAAAGACAACAUCAUGGGAAUAUAGCACAGAGAAAGACCCACCACAAUAACAGCAACAGUUCAUCCCCCAUUUGAAGAUAAGAAUCAUGUGUGUUAACUCACUCAAACCUGCAAUGGGUGACAGUCGGGCUCACUUGAAGCUUUAAGCCAUACACGUCCUCUUAAAAGGACUGGAGAUUUCAAAGCUGGGUGACUGUUCAUCGCAACUUCCUCAUUUUCUUAUAAACUGUUGAAAUUUUCAAAGCAUAGUAUGAAAGGAAAGGCAUAGUUUCAGAAAGAAUCAAAAUCGAAGAAAAAAAGAGAAUCAGUUAUUUAUGCUAAGAGAAAUAAAUACUCUAAUUGAAGUACUUGAAACCAUAAACAACUUACCAUUUUUAAAAUUUAAAAAAUCCUUUAAUCAUAAAUUCAGUGAAUUAUUUAGUGUAUAUUUAUAUCUAUUGAGAAUAAUAAUCAGUUUGCUCAAAUUACCAGAGGAAGAUUUAUUUUAUGAGCUCUUGUAAAUAGGAACUUCAUAGCAAUCUAAUAGUACUUGGAGUGUAUUUCGAAUGAAGUGAGAACAUGAAUUGUUAUGGUUUUGGUAAAAGGUGCUUUUGGAGCCGUUAUACCUUAUGGACCGUUGUCUAGGGUUAUCAGGACACAGUCCCAAAUCUCUCUGCUUUCUAGAGUAAACAACGAAGAUUCAUGAGGAUCACUUAUCUUCUGUCCACACAAAAUGAUUGACAUCACUCAUAUGUUUUUAUAAGACUGCUCUAAAAAUGGGAAUGCAACAGGUCAAUUCCUCUCUUAUUAACCUGAGCAGUCAGUAAUUUAUUAUGUUUUGACACAAUAUUUAUGAAGUGUUCCCUGUUUUUUUUUUCCAGUGUGAGUUGAGUUGUUACGGGAAACCCUUUUUUAUGUGUGGGCGUGUGUGUGCGCGUGUGUGUGGCGUUAAGUCUCUGCCUAUGUGUGUUAUCAGUGUGGUGUUAGUAUGGCCAAUGAUUAGCUUGACCGACUGUGAUGGUAAAGAACUGUCAGUCUUCAGAUGCUAAAUAAAUAGGAGACACCUUUGUUACACCCAGUCGAAUGUACUUUUCAUGGUUUCCAAUGAUUUCACCUGAGUUUUCUUGGUUUUGGUUUUGUUUUAUUUUGACAUUUCUUAUUGUUUGAGUGAUCGCUGAUUGAUACUGUUGUUGUUUAUAUCAAGAUUGUGUUGUCUUGGCUUUCAACAAUCUGUCUUCCUAGAUGUGUCUUACACAUAUGCAGAGGUGUGAUUGACUAAAUGGAAAUGAUUUAUUUGCAAAUUACAGCAAUAUGGCAUAUCAUAUCUGAAUAGAUUGUUUUUUGCCGAUAAGGACACCAUUUCCAUAUUGAAAAUAGUCUCAACAAUUUUGAGCUAUUAGUACCAUUCUUAUAUGCUUGUUUGCUUCUUAAACUUGUAACACAAGUUAUUAUGUUAAAUUGAAAGACACUUAUCGGGGACUGAAAGGCAUUUCAAUACGCAAGUUUGUCCUUAUACCCCAACUUCACAUGGUGUGUGCAUGUAUGGAGGUGUGUCUUUCUGUGUUAGUGCACUUACAAGUACUAUCCCAUGAAAUAGGCUUGAAUGUGGAGUGUUUGAAGAGCGCUUAGGAGCCCUAGGUGGUUUGCCGUGGCUUUUGUACCCUUUACUUCCACUUGAUGUUUUUUCUUAUAUUCCUAGAUAUUUGCCUCACUAACAAUACAAACACAAGGAUCUUUACAAAUGGUUUUAAAAGAGUUUUAAGUAAUGGUGUGUUAAGGUUUGCUUUUUUAAAAAUGAAGGUAUAUUACCCUACGUAGGGCAGUUAAAUUAUAUCCAGAGGCUGAAAUUAUGAAGAAGCUAUUGAAAACCUAUUUGACCCCCUGCCACCUCUCUUAUUGAGAGUAGUAGCCAACUUACUGUAAUGAAAUAAACCUUUUCUCUAUUUCUCUAUUUAAGUUUUUUCCCCCUACAGUAUCUAAUGCAGUUUAACAGGGAGGCAUCUCUUCUGAAUCUGAACUGUUCGAGUUGUUUUUGUUUAUUUGUUUGUUUGUUUUUUUUCUCUGAAAAUUGGUGUAUUAACUGUGCAUUACUACCCUUCAACUAAUAAAAUGUUGUUGACUUAAAA